CCCAGCUGGUGAUCGACGAUCCGUUCAUCCGGAAAUGGGAGGAAUCCUCGGGAUUUUUGGGAUUGAAGGAAUUCGCGGAGCGCGCGGACGAUCGCGACCUCCAGGGGAAAAUCUCCAUCGUGGAGAAACAUCGGGAGCGGCUCCCGCAGCUGCUGCGGAGCAUCCGGGACAACCACGUGGAGCAGGAAUCCCUGGCAGAUUAUCUCCUCGGCACCGUGCACCAAGCCAAGGGUUUGGAAUUCGACACCGUUUGCGUCGCCGACGAUUUUGUGCAAAUCCCAUCGGUGAGCGGAGAUUUCCUGAGGAGAACCAUCGCCAACCUCGGUAAAGGAGAGCUAAAAAUGGGGAAAAAAAAAUCUGGGAAUGGAGUUGGGAAAGGAUGGAGAACCGGGAGAGG